UUUGCAUUCAUUCGCUUCGGUUCAUUUUGUCUGUGCGCAGUUGUUAUUUGCAGAAGAUUUUGGACCAAAUUUUGAUCUUAAAUUUUUAAAAAUUAAUAUUUCCCUUUACUGUUUGCAUCUACAGUUGUCCUGUAUGGACGACCAGAGUUCAACAGUUCGAAAACGAAUAAAAGAAGCGAAAAAGAGGGCUAGGCCAGAACUCUGCUCUGAUAAAGCUGGCUGGUACAAAGAAAAUUAUGCGCAUACAUUCGAUGUGAGUUUAUCUUCUGUGAAGGAUAAUGUUGAGAGAGUGGAUGCAUCAAGAGUUAGCUGUCAGGAGUUUGUGGAAAAGUAUGAAAAGACAUACACGCCGGUUGUAGUAACUCAUGCACAAGAUGAUUGGAAUGCCCAAACUAAAUGGACCCUUGAGCGACUGGCAAAGAAGUAUCGCAACCAGCGAUUCAAGUGUGGAGAGGAUGAUGAAGGAUAUUCGGUAAAGAUGAAGAUGAAAUAUUUUGUUGCCUACAUGAAAAACAACACUGAUGACAGCCCUUUAUAUAUUUUUGACAGCAGCUAUGGUGAGCAUGUGAAGAGGAAAAGACUUCUUGAAGACUAUGAUGUUCCUAGAUACUUCCGAGAUGAUCUGUUCCAGUUUGCUGGAGAGGACAGACGACCACCGUACAGGUGGUUUGUGAUGGGUUCUGCACGUUCAGGAACUGGAGUUCACAUUGAUCCUUUGGGGACAAGUGCCUGGAAUGCCCUGGUUAAAGGUCACAAGAGAUGGUGUCUCCUGCCCACACACACCCCUAAAGAGUAUAUUAAGGUGAAGCCUGAGGAAGGUGGUAAACAGAGGGACGAGGCCAUCACCUGGUUCAGGUAUAUCUACCCGAAGAUCUGUCACCCUUCAUGGCCAAAAGAUCUAAAACCACUUGAAAUUCUUCAGAAACCAGGAGAGACUGUGUUUGUUCCGGGUGGCUGGUGGCAUGUGGUUAUUAACCUGGAUGACACAGUGGCUGUGACACAGAACUUUUGUAGUGUUGCCAACUUCCCCAUUGUGUGGCACAAGACAGUUCGAGGCAGGCCCAAGUUAUCCAAGAAGUGGUAUCGGACCUUAAAGAAAGUGCGUCCCGACGUAGCGGAGAUGGCAGACAGAGUUGACCUGAACCAGCCGUCCGGGAUGAACUCGGACAGUUCGAGUUCCGCGUCGUCCAGCUCGAGUAGUUCCAGCAGUUCAGACAGCGACAGUGACGCUCAACAACAGCUGUCCAACAGGAAGAGAAGAAAAGUUAAAGAAAGAUCAUCUUCAGCGACGCGGUCCCGUUCCUUGACCCCGAACGGAAGUAAGCAGCACAUGCAUUUCCACCAUCAGGAUCGCCGAUCUCGGUCCCGCUCCAGCAGCGGUGGGCGAUCUCACAAGAAACAGAGGGAGAGUAGCCGCAGCGUUUCGAGCACGCCCAAGAACUCCAGAUGACAGGAGAUGAAAGACGCGUGCACGCCAUUACUGGCAGCCGGGCUCUAUUGCUGCAUGCCUCCGUACCUGUUGGAGUUGUUUGAGAAAAUAAGACUGUCUUACAAUUUGUGACCGACUGUUGAGCUACAUUUUCAUAAUUUAAUCAUGUUGUCAUAUUUUUAAACAGGAUUUUGCUUGUUGGCAUUGUCUAAACAUCUUACGGAUUGAUAUGAAGUUUUCAUAAUUUAACUGUGUUAUGGUAUUCUUGUCAGAGUUUGGCUUAUUGACGUGCUUUAAAAGUCUUACGGACUGUUGGAGGUUUUUAUAAUUUAAUCAUGUUAUCAUAUUCUUAUCAGGAUUUUACAUGUCCACAUGUUGUUACUAGUCUUAGAAUGUGUUUCUGUUUAAUUUGUGGUUCAAAACUAGAGACUGAACUAUAGAGUAAACAUUUGGGGUGGAAUUUACAAAGCCUAUUUUAGACUUGCACAUGUGUAACUGCAUAUAUUUACAAUGCUUAAACACCUGCAUUUAAGAAAAAAACAGGCUUCAGUUAUUUGGCCCUUGGCUUUUAUAUUACGAUAAAACAAUUUAUAGUUAUUUUAAGUAGAAAGACAUUUAUCAGUGUUACAAUCCAUGAUCUUAAUUCAUUCAUUAUGAUUGUUGCCAUUUUAAUAUCAUUUUAUGAAACUAGUAUAUUUUUGUGAAAUGUGAUCUUUCAUCAAACGGGAUGAGUGAAUAAUAAUCAAACUAUAUAUUGUGAACAUUUACAAAUGCAGCAUUAGCUUUUGGGGUUGUCUUUUUUAUCUAAAUACACAAGCAUUUGUGAGUAUGUUGUUUCAGAAUAAAAACAUUAUUUUAAAAAUGAUGUGGGCAAGAGUAACUUGUGACCUUUUAUAUACGGUGCUAAAAUAUUCCUUGCAAUGAAUGUAUACCAGUCUUAGAGACUCGAGACUCAAAUAGAGUCUGAGACACUAAUGAUAUGACAAUGCCAUACAAAUUGUAUGCGUGUGACAUCAUUAGAGAUCGAGUCUGGAUGCUAAAAGUUUUAUAAGCAUGGUUUAAGAAAAACGGGCUUCGUUAAUUCAACCCAAUAUUUUUUUUAGGAGUACUCAGGUCAUAUUUAAGUGGCAUAUUUCAUGGCAUUCUUGGAUGAUGAUAUUUUUUUGAAUAUCUUGAAAUGUAUUCUUACUUAGUUAUUUGUACCUCUUUUGUGCAGCUAAGAUUCCCCAUUUAUAAUUAAAUUUCAUUUAGGGUUAUGCACUGUACUUGGUCUGGUGUGUAUGCUUUUUUUUUUUUCCUUCAUCUAUUUGAUCUGUUAUUGUUUUCAAUGCUUAUGUAACUGUUUUUGCAAGAAACUAAAACAAAAAUCCAAAAGUGUAUAACGGUAUACUAUAUUAUACUUCAUUCAUAACAAAAUAUUUUAUGAUGUAGUUCCUAGUUUUGCUUUUAAUGGUGAUUUCUUGAAAUGUACUCUCAUUCUAGUCGUAAAUAUUAGGCACAGUGCAUUAAUUUUGGUAGUUUGACAUUCAUCUUAAGGUUAUUUUUUCACUAUAAUCAAUGAUGUUCAUUUGGGUAUGUUACUGUUGGAAUGUUUGUCAGUAAUUUUAUGCAAGUUUAAAUCGUGUGAACCGUUUUGAGUAACAACCCUUUAAUAUGCAAACUAAACUCCACCUAUAGAUGAGAUGUGCUUUUGAAUUUAUUUAUUUUUCCAUCUCUUUUGCUAUGUCACAGUAUUUGGACAUUCAUUAUUAGUCUUUUUAUUUCAUUUAGAUAUACGUUUUUGUUUUAUUUUACUGUUCCUAGAAAUUAGUUUUUACUUAAAUUAUUUGUAAUCUUUGAGUAAUGAUUAAAAGAUCAUCGGAGCCAUUCCAAAAAUAAUUUUAGUGGUGAUGAUGCUAAAUAACAUCAGUAUCUCGUUGUUCAGUUUAACAUUUGAUUUACAUGUAAUCUUUGAACGCGUUUGAUAAAUUAUGAAUCAUGUUGAGUACCUUUGCCUGAAUAAAUCUGUUGAUUUUC